AUGAAGAAAGGGGUCUCCUUUGUUUGGGAUGGAAACUGUCAAAAGGCAUUUGAGGAGAUCAAGCAAUAUCUCACUCAGCUACCCGUUCUAGUGGCCCCGGUGACAGGAAAACCAUUCCUGUUAUAUGUGAGGGUCAUGGAACAUUCUUUUGGAGCUUUAUUAGCUCCGAACAAUGAUGAGGGCCAUGAGCAGGCAAUCUGCUACCUCAGUAGAACCAUGAUUGGAUCUGAACACCGGUACAAUCCAGUGGAAAAAGAAUGCCUUGCCUUGGUUUUCACCAUUCAGAAAAUAUGGCUUUACUUAGUUGGACAAACUAUUCAUGUUAUCUCCAAAGUAAACUCUUUGAGAGUUCUCAUGACGAAACCUUCUUCGCUAAAUUGCCGCCUUACAAAAUGGGCAAUACUUCUGUCACAGUGUUCAAUACAGUUCAUGCCUCAGAAAGCUGUUAAAGGCCAAGCCCUAGCAGAUUUCUUAGCUAACCAUCCAGUGCUUGAUUCUUCUAGAUUAUAUGAAGACUUACCAGACGAAGUUGCAAAGGCUUAUGUAACUCAAGGAGUCAUGCAAGUAUGGAAAUUGUUCUUCGACAUAGCAUCUAGAGAAAGUCUCGAUGGAGGAAUCACAGCCGGUGUGGGGGUUGUGCUCGUAUUCCCAACUGGUCAGGUGAUCCCAAGAGGAUUUUCCUUAAUCGAGCCAUGCACUAACGAUGUAGCGGAGUACAAUGCUUUGCUACUAGGAAUACAGCUGGCCGAGGAGCUCAACAUCCAAUACCUUAAAGCCUACGGUGAUUCUCAACUCAUCGUAAAUCAAGUCCGAGGAGAAUACAAAGUGCACAAUAAGGAUUUGAUCCCAUACCACUUUACGGAACUAAAGUUAGCUCAAAAUUUUGAGGGAUUCUUUAUCGGACACGUUCCAUGGGACCAUAAUGCCUAUGCAGAUGCCUUAGCUUUGCUAGCAACUUCACUGACAUUGCCACCAAAGGCAGAAACAAAGAUACUCGUGGCAGGCCGUGAUUUGUAUCACCCCAAGUUCCCUCUAGGAAAUCGCUCAAAAGAGGUAACAACAGAGAUCGUUUGUGAAGCUUCCACAAGCCUUGAACAAAGAGAUUGGCAAUUCCCAUUCAUCGAUUAUGUCUUGCACGACAUCCUACCCGAUGAUUCUAAAGAAGCGGCCACCGUCAAAUGGAAGGCCCUUCGAUUCUAUUAUGAUGCGGCAUCUCGAACUUUGAGGUACUUGAACAUGGCUAGAACCUCAUCAUCCUUGAAGGAGUACUGUUGUGUCUGA